UUUUUGGACACGCCUGUAUACUUCGUCACAUUGCUCGAAAUCAUGGAGGUCGUAGGAUCCACAAAGAUACCCGCUGUAUCAGAGCUGGUCUCUAAAGCCAAGGCAGCUUUUGUUGACAAAUUUGGAUGUGAACCCCAAUGUGCUGCCUACGGUCCUGGGAGAGUUAACCUCAUUGGAGAACACACCGACUACAACGAAGGCUUUGUUUUCCCCAUGGCCCUACCACAGGUGACGGUAGUUGUAGGGAAAAAGUCUGAGGGAAACGUGUGCCGAGUCCUAACCCUUGCAGAAUCAGUGGAUGAACCUAAGUACGUGGAAUUCCCUGUACCUUCAGCGGAAACUCCACUAAAACCAGGCUCUCCCAAGUGGGCCAACUACGUGAAAGGGGUCGUUGCAAAUUACAUAGGGUCAGUUGUCCCCUUUGAUGCUGUGGUGGUAUCUUCAGUGCCACUAGGUGGUGGGGUGUCCAGCUCUGCCUCCCUGGAGGUGGCUACCUACACAUUUCUGGACGCCCUUACAAACGGAGGAGCAGAUGUGUCCAAAAAGGACAAGGCUCUAGCUUGCCAGAAAGCCGAGCAUGAAUACGCGGGGAUGCCCUGUGGAAUUAUGGACCAGUUUAUCUCUGUUAUGGGCCAGGAAGGUCAUGCCCUUCUUAUAGAUUGCAGGUCAAUGGAGGGUAAACUAGUUCCAAUGAAUGACCCAAAUGUGGUUGUCUUGGUAACAAAUUCAAAUGUCAAGCAUGAAUUAACAGGAUCAGAAUACCCAACACGUAAGAAGCAGUGUGAAGUGGCAGCAAAAGUCAUGGGCAAGAAAAGCCUAAGGGAGGCAUCUAUGAAAGAUUUAGAAGAAUUUAAAGAAAAACUUGAUGAUGUGAUGUAUAGGAGAGCGCGCCAUGUCAUUGGUGAAAUCAUUCGAACAGAGGAAGCAGCAAAAUGCCUCGAGCAGGGAGAUUACACAAGAUUUGGCAAACUAAUGGUGGAGAGUCACAAUGCUUUAAGGGAUGACUAUGAAGUCUCCUGCCCAGAGCUGGAUGAGUUGGUUGUGGCCGCCAUGGAGGCAGAGGGGGUGUUUGGGUCCAGGAUGACUGGGGGUGGAUUUGGGGGGUGCACGGUCACCCUUCUGAAGAAGGAGGCGGUGGAGAAGGCCAUUCAACACAUACAGAAGCGUUACAGUCAGACGGCAACAUUCUACGUGUGUCCCCCAGCUGCAGGGGCAGCGCCAUUAUCGCUGUCUUGAGGUUAUUUAACCAUAGGACAAAAACUUUGUGUUAAUUGUGCCGUAGAAAUUCAGGUGUUCGCUGCUUCCUUACCACAAUUUAUUUACCAUAAACAUGUUUACCUACUCUACCAAUUUUUGUUUUUGGAAAUGAAAUUAUAAAAUGAUAUUUCAAAUUUUAUCAUAUAGUAUAUAUUGUAAAAUCUUUGUUGGAAUCAUUUUUUUAUUCAUUGGGGUCAAUAUUCAUGAGUAGUUAAAAUUUUCCUGGUUCAUGGGGAUGUCAUUUCGUGGGUAUAGCGUAAUCGGAGCAAUUUUUAUAAAUAUUAAACAAAAUCUUGUGAUACAUAUGUGGGGAUAUAAAUUUGUUAUAAGUUUGUGGGUUACCCAUGAAAGCCACAAACGAUGAUUCCACAGUAUACCGAAUGAGGGUUUUUUUUACAACAAACAAAAUAUUUAACUUUACAAAUUUAUUUUGUAGUUAUACUCAAGCUAUGAUUUUUUUACAAUUGUUUAACAUGAUUUAUGGGCUUAUUUGUUUACAUUUACUUGUAUAUUUGCUUUGUGUAACUUUCUUUUAAUGAAUAGUAUGUGAAAUGAAUUUAUUAUCUCGUGAAAUUACUAUACCUCAACAUCUACUCGUACAUUUAUGUUUUGUUGUGUUUGUUACAUGCUUAUUUUUAAUAAUAUCACUUAGGCAAUAAAAGUAAUAUAUACAAUUCUUACAAGAGA